AGAGGAGAGCCUGAGACAGACACUGAAGGAAUAACUGCUUUUCUGGUUUCAAAGUGAGGGGAAAAGAGAGCAGCUGAAGUCUCUGAGCUAUUUACCGUCUUGUUCGGUCCCGAAGGCAGUGAGUGGCUCUAUCUGUGAAUUACAGCUGGACCGGAGGGGGCCUGGCUGCUGGAGCUCUCAGUUGCUAGCUCUGGCAGUGCUGGGCAUCAGGCCCUGGUCAGGAGUGGCAGAUGCCUUGCACAGACCUGCCUGGCACCGCUCAGGCUGUCGGGACUUUGGCAGUGCUGCUCUGAGGGAUGCCCGCAGCGAGAAACCGGUGAGACUGGAGCAAAGGAGCACAAAGGUUGCCUGCCAGCACGCUUCCCCUAAUGAGCCACUUUUUCAGCGUCCUCUGGAGGGCAAAUGCUCUCCCAGAUCUCCAGAGGCUGCUAGGGCAGACGACCUGAGUGUGAGCAGGAACAUAGGGGAAGGCACGUAAACUCCUGCCAAGUUGCUGUAUCUCUUUCGACUUGCAAUCUAAACAAGAAGCGGUGACAGCAGGAACAGGAAAAGCAGAGUUUGACUGGGAACACGGGGAGCUGUGCAAGUGCUGAGGGAACGCUAUGGAUUCCUUGCUGGAGUGUGGGGCUCUCUGGGAUCUUGUGCUGGAGCAAGAGCUGCCAUGUGUGCUGUGGGACCUGGAGGGGCUCGUCGACUUCUCGCAAGAAAACAUCAGCCAUGGAUCAGAUGAAAUUCCAGCUGCCCUCUGUUAUUUGCAGGUGUUGAGUCCAACGUACAAACAACGAAAUGAAGAUUUCAGGAAACUCUUCAAGCAGCUUCCUGACACGGAGCGCCUCAUCGUAGAUUACUCAUGUGCUCUACAAAGAGACAUUCUCCUGCAGGGCCGCCUCUACCUCUCUGAAAACUGGAUCUGCUUUUACAGCAACAUCUUCCGUUGGGAGACACUGCUGACGGUUCGCUUGAAGGAUAUCUGCUCGAUGACCAAGGAAAAAACAGCACGGCUCAUUCCUAAUGCCAUCCAAGUUUGCACUGACACUGAAAAGCACUUUUUUACUUCCUUUGGGGCUCGAGACAGGACGUACAUGAUGAUGUUCAGACUGUGGCAGAAUGCUCUCCUUGACAAGCCUCUUUGUCCAAAGGAGCUCUGGCAUUUUGUCCACCAGUGUUAUGGGAACGAGCUGGGUCUGACCAGUGAUGAUGAAGACUACGUGCCUCCUGAUGAUGACUUCAACACAAUGGGCUGUAGCUGUACUGAGAGGGGUAAACAUAAAAACCUGUGUUCUCUGUGGCGUCUCAGCUACUGCGAAGAAAUCCCUGUGGAAGAGAAUGAAGUCAAUGACAGCUCCUCCAAAAGCAGCAUGGAGGCCAAGCCAGAAGCAAGCCCUCAGCUGCCAAAGAAAUCUGUCACUGCCAGCACACUGACAUCUACGGGAAGCAGCGAAGCACCAGCCUCGUUUGAUGGAGUGCUACCAGAAGAGGAGGAGGCGGUGGCGGAGAGUCCUGUGGAAAAAGACCUUGGCAUUGCAAAUAUCAUGGGAGAGAAGAUAGAGAUCAUUGGCCCUGUGAACUCCCCUUCCCUGGACUUCAACGACAACGAAGACAUUCCCACUGAGCUCAGUGACUCCUCAGAGACCCACGAUGAAGGGGAGGUCCAGGCCUUCUAUGAGGAUCUGAAUGGGCGCCAGUAUGUGAAUGAGGUGUUCAACUUCAGCGUGGACAAGCUGUACGAUCUGCUCUUCACCGACUCCCAGUUCCAGAGGGACUUCAUGGAGCAGCGCCGCUUCUCUGAUAUUAUCUUUCAUCCCUGGAAGAAGGAAGAAAAUGGCAAUCAGACAAGAGUGAUCUUGUAUACCAUUACCCUCACCAACCCUCUGGCCCCCAAAACUGCCACUGUCACUGAGACACAGACAAUGUACAAAGCCAGCCAAGAAAGCGAGUGCUAUGUCAUCGAUGCAGAGGUGCUAACUCACGACGUCCCCUACCAUGACUAUUUCUACACCAUUAACCGCUACACGUUGACUCGUGUUGCCAGAAACAAAAGCCGACUCAGGGUUUCCACGGAGUUACGUUACAGGAAGCAGCCGUGGGGGCUGGUGAAAUCCUUCAUUGAGAAGAAUUUUUGGAGUGGCCUGGAAGAUUAUUUCCGUCACUUGGAGAGUGAACUGACCAAAACAGAGAGCACAUACCUGGCUGAGGUGCACAGACAAUCCCCCAAGGAGAAGGUGAGCAAGCAAUCGACCGUGCGCCGGAGGAAACGGGCUCACGCCCACCUGCGGGUGCCUCACUUGGAGGAGGUGCUGAGCCCCGUCACCACCCCCACGGACGAGGAGGUUGCACAUCGAAUCAAGCAUGUGGCAGGUUCCACUCAGACACGGCACAUCCCCGAGGAGAGCCCCAGCGGCUUCCACCUGCAGAGUGUCUCCAAGCUGCUCCUUGUCAUCAGUUUUGUUCUGGUGCUGCUGGUCAUUCUCAAUAUGAUGCUGUUCUACAAACUCUGGAUGUUGGAAUAUACCACCCAGACGCUGACGGCGUGGCAGGGCUUGCGGCUGCAGGAAAGGUUACCCCAGUCUCAGACAGAAUGGGCCCAGUUACUGGAGUCUCAGCAGAAGUACCACGACUCAGAGCUACAGAAAUGGCGUGAGAUCAUUAAAUCCUCAGUGAUGCUUCUAGACCAGAUGAAGGAUUCCCUAAUAAACCUCCAGAAUGGCAUCGGGUCCCGGGACUUCGGGUCAGAUCCAGAGGAGAAACGGAAACGUUUCCACUAACAGGCAGGAAUGCAGGAGGCCAGAGGACGGUGUGCAAUAUGUGUAAAUAGGAUAUAUAAAUAUAUAUAUAAAUAUAUAUAUACAUACAGAAUAUAAAUAUAUAUAUUAUAUACAGAUUUUAAGAGAAAAACAAAAAGCCUACGUAUCGAGAGGAAGGAGUGACCUCCAACACUGGCUGAACUGGAGCGUCUCGGCGGUAGCGUGGUGUUUGGGAGGGCUGUGCUCUCCCAGCACUGAGGUGUGUGCUCAGGGGCACGCCUGAGUGCUCUCCCCUGGGUCCCUGCACCACUUGUGUAAUAUUCCUGGCUGUCUGUUUGUCUGUCUGUCAGUUUUGUUUUUGUUGUUUCAAAGGGAAACAUCAGAGUGAGUGCCCCCCCCACCCCAAACCCCCUCCCUGUGCAUGAAGGUCGCUGAUUGACUGUAUUUAUUUAUACAUACAAAGGGGAUACUGUCAACUUUCUUACCUUGCUGGCUUCAGGGCAGAGAGGUUUUGGCAAUCCCUGUCAAUCCCUUACAAAGCUAUUCUGCAGUUGGAGAAGAGGCCUCCCAGAAGAGUUGCUGUAGGUCUGUAGAGAGCAGAUCUCAGUGGCCGUCGCCUUCUUGGAGCAGAAAUGACAAUGUGCUGUUGGCCAGCCUGGUUCAGAGAGCAAAGCACAGAAUGUAAAUGAGCUGACAUGCUUUCUCCAAGCACUGGUUUGCUGCCUACUGCUAGGCAAUUAAUAGCCCAGGGUGGUGGCUUGUGGAUGGAGGAGAGCCUCACUGCAGAAAUCCCGUUUCUGUUCCGUUUGACAGUGUCCCCUUUACACUCUCUGUAGUUCUCUGCUUUCUGUGUGCUUGGGCCCCUGCCAUUAAGCCAUCCCUGUGCUGAUCAGUGCUGAAAGGGCAACCACCUGUGGCCCAGCUUCAAAACAACCCCAAAUCAGUAUUUAUUUGCACCCACUCCUGCUUCCUUGCUCAGCAAACCUCUCUCCUGCCCCUGGUCUGUGAGACUGUUCUGCUUGUACCACCUAAACCUUCCCUUGGCUUACAAACUUGGCAGGAAAACAUUAGGGAGAAAAAGAACAGCCACCUUUGCUUCACUGGCAUAGUAUACAGCAACCAGGCCUGGGGAAGUGCAGGAGAGGCUAGGAAGGGUCAUGGGGACCAAAGAAGGGACUGUCAGUGGUGGCAGGAUGCAUCUGGAGGGAUGUCCAGGCUGUGAGAAAUCUGACAGGUCUCUCUCAUCAGCUGGAGAGCGAAGCCUUUGCUCUGUAAGAAAAUCAGGUGGUAGAGCUGUUUUAAAAAGACAACACCCACUUGUACAUGUUCUGGGGGAUAAUUCCUGACUCCUGUUGGCAGCCAGGUGAGGGAGGAGGGGCAGCGAGGCUGCGGGGCACCAAACGCCACCGAGACUUUCUCUUCUUACCCAGGCAGGCAGAUCAGGUGAUCUGUGAGGCCCUCAAUGUCCAGCUUGGUCAAGAGCAGGACUCUGCACCUUCUGAGUGGCAGGAGGGAGUCAGCUCCAUAUUCCCUGUGCAGUUCUAGCUUGUGUGUUGUCUCUGGCUCCAGCAAGCGCUGAGAAGGGACACAAGGGUAACUGGUCUUUGCAUCACUGUACCAGGAACUCUCACCCACAGCUGUGUGACAAAGUGGAGGCUAAAGAAAACCCUCACAAGCUCCUGCUUGUGCAUUCCAGUGAGGGAAAGGUGGUGGCUGUAGCAGUAACCCCCUGAUUCCUCCCAGCCCUGCCUACAGUCUUCACAACCACACACUGAACACGUGUCUUGCAGAAGACUCAGAUUUGGAGCACAGAUGAAGACAGGUUAUCAAAGACAUUUCAGAGUGUGAAAGCAAGGUACCACUGGGGAGUCUGUGCCUUGGCACCUAGAGAGUAACAUGUAUUUAUGACUAUUUAUUUAAUUUAAUGCUGCUGACUACUGUACUGCUCCCUGACUUUUCUCCAGGGAGGCUGCUGAAAUGGCUACUGUACAAUGAAACUGAGGUGCUAGUGCCUAGGAAGGGCAUUGUGCAGCUCCUCUCGGGACAGGAGGGCCCUGACUCCCCACUGGCCAGGAGUUCUGCUUCCCCAUUAGUCACUCCCACACUUACUGAGCAUGGAAAAAUCCCCUGCUGCCCACCUCUCCCCUUUUCUGGAAUUCAAUUCCAAGCACCAAGAAAGAACAGAGAGGAAGCCCUGUACUUGCCACCUUGCCUGUGCCAGAGGAGAAAAGAGGCCACAUCUUGAAGAAAUGUGGAAUGUGUGUCCUCAGCCAGCUGACCAGGAGGGUUUUGUACACAGACAGAUGUAACCCAGCAAGAGGCAGAGGAACCCACCUGUCUGGAGAGGAUGGAAGAGAAAUACCAGUGAUCAGAGUUAGUUUCUUGUCAAUUUCACAUUCUCUUGCUAGUUAUGGAGGUGAGAAGUCCAUUCACUCACCUGUGCAUCCCUCUUCCUCUGCAUUGCCAUCACGUUGGGCUCUGGGUGUUCUCACUGAUGCAGUUUACUCAGGCCUGGCUCUGGAGUCAGAGGCCACGUUUGCCUUCAGGCUGGGUUUAGUGUUCACCUGAUAAAGAGCUGCUUUCUCUUUCAAUAAGGAGCAUAAGAUGGUGGCCACUAAGCAGAGCUUUGGACCUGCAGUGUCCUCCAGAGCAAGGAAGGUUCCUCUCAGAGGCCUUAGGCUUCUUUUUCUCCUUGUUGACUUUCUUUUUGGCACUUGGCAGCAAGUCUGGCUUCGAGUUGGGUAGGAUUCGUGAUAUUUUAUUGCCUCUUAAUUUAUCACAGUAGUAAUAAAAGAGGAAAAAAGCAAGCUGUUAAGGGAAAACCCACAAUGCCACUAAAGGUGAGGUGAGGGCUUCAGCAAAACUCUGGCAUGUUUACACCUAGAUGCCUUCUCUAGAGGGCUACUGCAGCUGUGCCCCAGUCACCAGAUUGACUCCACCUGCAGCCAUAGACAAUUUGGACCUGUUACUUUACAUUUGCUGGAGAAGUAAGUAAUGCUUUCUAGGAACUGCCUGAAUAAUGUUAUAGGAGUUAUACUUCUGCCUUGCCUAAGCAGUCAUCACCACAGCCAAGUCAGAGCUGGGAUGCUGCUGUUAGGGUUUCUCUUCUUUCUGUGCUUACCUGGCGCUGUUCAGCCUGGAGAAGGGACCUCAGCAAUGCUGAUCAAUACCCAAAGGGUGGAGGUCAAAGGAUGAGGCCAGUCUUUUUACUUCAGUGCCCUGUGACAGGACAAGGGGUAAUGGGCACAAGCUGGAACACAGAAAGUUCCCCUGGAACACAAGUAGGAAUUUGUUUGGUGUUGGUCAGAAGCCAACCACUUCCCAAUGUAGAGGUGGGACUUUCUGGUCCCACAGCAUGUGGAAGAGCAGAGUCAGUGACACCUGCUUGAGAGCAGCUGCUGCCAUCCACAGCUCUGCACAGCCCAGUGCUUGCUGCUGAGCUCCAAAGGGAUCUUUCCUCCAGGAUCUCUGCCAGCCUGACUGCCACUCCUGUCUUUUGUGGCACAGCCACGUGGACUCUGGCUUCACCUUCUCAGACAGUCUCAGCAUUAGUUACAGUACCCAGCAGGGCUUUGCUUAAAACAAUGCUCAGAGACUCUUGAACCAAAGCAUCUGAGGUGAGUGGCUCCCAGAACACUGGUGGAGCUCCGGAGAGGUGUCUGUGCAGCCCCUCUGGCCCCUUCCCCUGCCCAGCAUGCUCUGCCUCCCUCUGCUUUGCAGCCUCUACAGCACGAGUCUCGCUGUGCCAUAACGCCUUCCUUUCUCUAGAUGUGUGCUGGGCAAACGCUCUCCUCGGGUCGUGGAGACGGUUUGUGUCCCACUGCCAGCAGCUGGCAGGGGCUGUGCCGUGCCCUCCUCUCCCAGGGGCUCCUAUGGCUUUUCCCUCCUCCCUCCCACCUUUGCUGCCAGACAAUCAUCCCCCGUGGCGCAGAUGGCCUGGCCUGGUGCUGUCCCUGCUUGCCUUUCCUCGCUGCAGUCUGUGUGCUCUUUUAAGUGAAUGUGGGUUAUUUUAUUCCUUAUUUUUUUCAGUAGGGAAAAGGAUUCCCUUCAGCUGAAGGGAUGAUAUUUGCACAUGGCUCAGGGAGGAACCUCCUCUGGCCGUUUCUGUUACCUCACUCAUUCAGGCCAAUUCCAUUGCUAAUGUUAAAUGGCCACCUUCCCCAUCCCUCCCUCCCAGAAUAGUUAGGGAAGGAAACCAAGGCACAGCUCAGGUUCUAGAGCCGUUUGGUCCCGUCUGUUUCGGCCCAACCUGCCCCAGCAGCGUGAGGAUUUGGGAGAGUGGCAACUUCAUCCAGCAAAGAGGUGGAGCCUGUGCCACGGGCGCGUCAUUCCCCACCUUGCCAAGCCCACCUCCCUCGCAGCAGCACUUCCCAGCUCUGGAAUCACUCACCUGGCUCUUGGCCCGACGAGGUCAGGAGGUUGGGAGGAGCAGCAGAACCGUGGCAGCGUUACAACCGCUCCGGACUGGCAUCGUGUGGCUGUGGCACCUCUGGGAUGUUCCCGUUCUCACGCCGCUCGUCUCCCACCACGUGCUCCAGGGCUGGACGGAGCUGCUAAAAACCUGGAGCGUGUUCUCCCCACCCCAGGCCCUGGAUCCCGCGCCCCUGGCUGCUCUGGGAGCCACAGACUGAAGGAGGACAGAGGCAGCGGGUCGUACCAUCACCUCUGGGCACGUGCCACCCGCCUGGCUUCCACAGCCUGAGCCUGCAGUGCUGAGGUGAACUCCAGGGAGGGUGGGCAGUGAGGGGAGGGACCGUGGGUUUGUUCUAGGAGUUGUUUAACUGUCACAAGCUUUGCGCUGUGCGCAACAGGCGAUAAAAUGAUACUGAAACUUACCUGCUAGAACCUAGGAACUGUCAGGGCACGCAGCCAAACCUUACUGUAAAGUAGCUAGUACCAUGGAAGUACGGUAUAAAUUAAACAACAAAGCUAUCAAACAGCA